CGUUGGACAUAUCCUUCAAAGGAAAGGGGAGUGCAUGUGCUUAUUUGACAGUGAAAGGACAAAGUGAAGAGUGUGAGGUCCCAGAAGUGAGCCCUCACACAUGAAACACACAAGCAGAUACACCUGCCCAACACAGCACAAGAAGGAAGUGCGACAGCGUUCAAGUCACUAAGUGGAAGAGAACUGAUGACAUCAUGUUACAGUUCAAAAAACGAGGAGAGGUUAGGCAGUUUGACCCAAACUUCAAGGGGCCGCUUCACAACAGGGGAUGCACGGAUAUGAUCUGCUGUUUUCUCUUCAUCGUUGCUUUGUUGGGCUACUUUGUUGUGGGAAUUAUCGCCUGGUCUCAGGGUGAUCCCCGAAAAAUCCUCCAUCCCACAGACAGCAGAGGGAACUUCUGUGGGCAAAAAGGAACAGCCCAAGAGAACAAGCCUCUUCUGUUUUACUUCAAUAUCCUGAAGUGUGCCAGUCCGUUAGUGCUAGUUGAGCUCCAGUGUCCCACCACACAGAUAUGUGUAGAAAAAUGUCCUCACAAACAUCUCACUUUGGACAAACUCAAGAAUAGUAAAAAAGAAGACCGUGUCUAUUACGAAAAGUAUUGCAAGGAAGGAUUCUCUCAGGCUGAUGCCACUGCUGACAUCUGGAAGAAAGGCACGUGCCCUUACAUGCUCAUGCCCAGCAGAGCCUUCACGCGCCGCUGCCUUCCAUCUCUGUCAAGACAAAAGGGAGGCGUCGUGACGGUGGGCAAUGAGACCAUUAUUGAAACUAGCGAGGGAAAAACCGUUGAAGCCGAAGAUGUACUUGAUGCUACCAAGAAGUCCAACAUGGUUCUUGAAGCUCGCCAUUCGGCCAUGAAAAUCUUUGAGGACUACACUCAGUCGUGGCACUAUAUAAUGAUAGGUCUGCUAGUAGCCAUGCUUAUCAGCUGGCUCUUCAUAGUCUUGCUGCGCUUCCUGGCAGGCAUCAUGGUUUGGGUCAUGAUUGUCCUGGUCCUUAUUGUCAUAGCAUACGGUACUUUACAUUGUUACCUUGAGUAUGAAAAUCUGAUUGGAGACCCUGGUGCUGAUGCGACGAUCAGUGAUCUGGGCGUGCAGACCGACAUCUCGAUCUACCUUGAGAUCAGACAAACCUGGCUGGCAUUCACAAUCACCCUCGCCAGUGUGGAGUUCCUCAUCAUCGUGCUUCUCAUCUUCCUCAGGAAGAGGAUCCUAAUUGCUAUUGCCCUCAUUAAAGAGUCCAGCAGGGCUAUUGGAUACCUGACAUCAGCAUUAUUUUACCCACUGCUGACUUUUUUCCUCCUGUCAGUGGUAAUCGCUUACUGGGCGGUCACUGCAGUUUAUCUCGCCACAUCCAGUAAGGAAGUGUACAAAGUGUCCUCCCCCACUGACUGUCCAAAAUACCUUCUCAAGACCUGUGAUCCUAAGACAUUCAACACAUCCGAUGUGCUUUCUGAGUGUCCUGAUGCUGAGUGUAACUUUGCCUUCUAUGGCGGGGAGUCCCUGUACCACAAAUACCUCAUCGUAUUCCAGUUUUACAACGUCUUCCUCUUUUUCUGGUGCACUAACUUUGUGACGGCUCUGGGACAGGUCACUCUGGCUGGCGCUUUUGCCUCAUAUUAUUGGGCCUUUAAAAAGCCUGACGAUUUGCCCGGCUACCCUGUCUUCUCCUCCCUGGGCCGAGCCAUCAGGUAUCACACGGGCUCUGUGGCGUUUGGCUCGCUGAUCCUGUCUGUGAUCCAGAUCAUCAGGGUUCUUCUGGAGUACCUGGAUCACAAGAUGCAAGGUGCUCAAAACAAGUAUACUAAAUUCCUGCUGAACUGCAUGAAAUGUUUAUUCUGGUGUCUGGAGACAUGCAUCAAGUUCCUGAACAGAAAUGCUUAUAUAAUGAUUGCCAUCUAUGGGAAAAAUUUCUGCACAUCAGCUCAAGACGCCUUCAUGCUUCUGUUGAGGAACAUUGUCAGGGUGGCUGUCUUGGACAAAGUGACUGACUUCCUCUUGCUCCUUGGGAAACUGCUCAUUGUUGGAGUUAUUGGAAUCUUCUCUUUCUUCUUCUUUACUGGAAGAAUCAAAUCUGCUGAGUACACCCAUCCUUCUUUGAACUACUACUGGGUGCCAAUACUGACGAUGACAGUUGGAGCCUACCUCAUUGCCCAUGGCUUCUUCAGUGUGUACGCUAUGUGUGUGGACACGCUCUUCCUCUGCUUCUGUGAGGACUUGGAAAGAAAUGACGGCUCACCUGGAAGGCCUUACUUCAUGUCCCCCGAGCUGCAUGAUCUCAUCGGCUUAGCAAAUAGGUCUGAGGGAGAUGGAGACGAUGCAGACUCUCCAAAUCAAGAAGAUAUGGGGGAGGAGGAAACUCUUCAACUGGAAGAAGGCGGAGUUGAACUAAAGGUGCAGUCUGAUGUCUCGCAGUGGAACGAGGAAGAGGAGCCUCUACAGGACAAUUCUGUAGAAGCAAAGGAGACCAAGGAGCAGUCACUCAGUGAAGGCAAGGCGGUCGAAGAGAAAGAAGCAGAGGUGAUAGUGGUGCUAAAGCAGGAGGAAAAUGUGGGGGCAGCAGCACCUCCAAGUGACGAGACAGAGAAUAAAAUGUAGAAAAGAAGCAGAAGAAUCCAAGGGAAAACAUGGUGCUUCUGCUACUUGGAGAAUGAAAGAACCUCAGUGAUUAUGUGGGCUUUAAAAACUGGGCAGUAAGAUUUGUGAACUGGAGGAGGUUGUCCCUCAAAUCCUGAGGCCCAGUGUGUCUUAUGUGGCUUGAAAAAUGCCGUUGUGUUGGUCUUAGAACCGUGUUGGUUUUGACAUGUUGAGAAAGUGCUUACCGUGUCUGAUCACUGUCACUGAAAUACUGUAGGUUUUCAAUUAAUGCACUACACAACCUCUCUGAUCUGUGUUUGCGUUUCAGUUUGACACGCAUCUUUGUAAAUGAUUUUUCACAAUACCAGCUGACGUCAAAAGGUUACAUGCAAAUUUGAUAUCCUGUAUAUUUGAUCUUUCUGCAGUCGUGUCUACAAUAUUCUCGGCUUUAAUCUUGUAAAGAGACCCUUACCAUGUAUUACCACCUAUUUGCCUUGGUAUAUUGGACUUGCAUUAAUUAGGUGCUGUGAUUUGUAGCUCUAUGAUGCAGCCAUUGUGACAUCUUGCCUUUCUCUGUCCUUAUCCAUCUUAACGUGCUGCAUGAUGUUGGCAUGGCCUUCUAAAGCAAUCUAAACUAAUUCUUUUGUAGUUUUGUCACCUUGUGAAAUGUAUGCUGGCAUUCCAUAUUUAUUGGAUUUUGUUCUUAAUUAAAG